AUGUCGAACAUUAUAAGGACUGUCUACGACUUUCUCACAAGUCCUUGUGCAUCACCAGAGGGAUAUAAGUACCUGCCAUUCCAUGGAGCUCUAUGGCCAGUUAUAGUUGUUGAUGCUAUAUUUCUGCUUUACGUCUUUCGAAUCGGACCAUGGCUGAUGCGCAAACGUAAUCCGUACGAUCUAAGGCGCGUACUUUUGGUCUACAAUGUAUUUCAAAUAGUUUUCAACUCUAUCAUGAUCAUACUGAGCAUUCUCUUAGUGUCAAUAUACAUCAAUCGGCCAGGUGGAAUUGGUUGCAUCGAACGACUGCCGUAUGAUCACCCGCAGAAAGGUUUCGAAAUAUUUUGUGGACUCUUAUAUCUUGGCAAUAAGUUCCUCGAUUAUCUGGAAACUGUAUUUUUCGUAUUGCGCAAGAGCUACAAACAAAUUACACUUCUGCAUGUCUACCAUCACAUAAUGAUGACCUCCUUCGUAUUCCUUUAUAUUCGGGGGCCCGGUUCAGGCGGUCAUGCGUCCACGGUGGCCAUGAUCAACACUUUCGUUCACUCAGUAAUGUACGUUUAUUAUUUGUUGAGCUCAAUUCAUCCGGAUAUGAAGAAAUCGUUGUGGUGGAAAAAGUACAUCACUCAAAUUCAACUAAUACAAUUUAUUAUCGAUUUUAUCCAUCAAAUUUGGCCGCUGGUGGUGGUGCCAGAUUGUCCGGUACCUAAGGCAUGGUGUUUGGGUACUUUGACGCAAGCCACAAUUAUGAUUAUUUUGUUUACCAAUUUCUAUAUUAAAACUUAUAUAAGAAAACCAAAGCCUAAAACUAUCGCUAAAAAGAAGUUAUAAUAACUAACGGAGUUCAAUGUAAAUUUAAGGUUAGAAAUAUGCAUUUGCUAUUAUGCACAUUAUUUUAUAAAAAAUUUUGUGAUAUCUCAACUGAUCCAAAACGAUCUAUACAUAUGUAUGUAUAAAAUAUUAUAGAUAUUGGUUGUUUCCUUAAUAAAAAAAUAUGAAUAUUUU